AUGGCUGAUGAUGCUUCAUAUCUUGAGAGACAGAACCGUAUCAAGAGAUAUAGAGAGCAUUGUGCCCGUAUUGCAUCUGGAAAGCAUGCUGUAAAUGACAGAGCAGAGCCUGCAAUACAUUUUAUGAAAGCAACUGAAAGAAAAAAUCAAAUUAGAAAACAUAAACUCAAAGUCGAGUCCGAGUUAAUCAAUGAUAUUCUCCAAUUCGAAUACAAUAGAGAAAUGAAUAAAAAAAAUCAUAGAAGCAUAAGAUCUCCAAGGCGGACAAAUGCCAAACCAAGAAAAACAGCAAAAGCUGAUUCUGAUUUUGAUCCAAUUUUUUCAGUAGACGAUGAAAUGGAUUAUGAAGAAGAACCACUUUGCUAUUCUGAAGCGAUGACUAAAGCAACUAACACAAAUACAGCGUCAAACUUACUUUUCGGAGAGAUUUCUAAUGAAGAACCUUAUGUUUCAAGAGAUUUGAUCAAUCAGAUCAUUCAAGAAAAUGGUAUGAAGCCAAUUACAUCUCAGCCUUUAUCUCUAAGACCUCGUACAUCCAAUCCAGAAGUAAUAUUUCCAAAAGUAAAUAAAGCCAACAGAUUACAUCGUACAAGAAAUGGACAAUCAUCUGGUUCUACACGUGAAACACCACGCAGGAAAGGAAAGAAUGAUCCAUUGAAGACAAUGCGUAUCAAAGACGAGAAUGAAGUUCUUGAUGAUCUCAAACGCCAAUUUGAAGAAGAAAAUGAACGAAAAGAGCAACGAGAACUCGCCAAACAACGUCGUCUUGAGCAAGAGCGUAAAUGGCGUGAAGAAUAUGCAAAGAGAAUGCGAGAAAAACAGGAUGAACUGAAUAAUUACAGAAUUAAUUUUGAAGACAAAAACGAAGAAGAGGAAGAAGCUGUUCAUCCUGUUAGAGAACCAGACAGAGUCAUUGUUGCUAAACCAUUUACAAUUCCUGUUCAUGAACCAAUGCCAAGAAAUCACUCAUCUCCAAACUUAAUUUCUUCUCAAAACGAAGAAGAAGAAAAUGACGAAAUUGAUGAUUCAAGGUUUGAAGACAAUGACAACGAAAAAGGUGAAGAAGAAGAGAGCAAGAGUCUCAAAGAAAUCUUCAUUGAAAAGCUUGAUACAAACAAAGCAAACGAUUCAUUUGAAGAACUUGAUAAAUCUGAUUCUGAAGAAGAAAAGGAAACCAAUGAAAUCGAAGAAGAAAAACCUCUUGAAGAAGAAGAAAAUAAAGAGUUUAAUGAGCUAAAUCAUGAAGAAGAAAAAGAAGAAAUUCAACAAGAAACAGAUCAGAAAGAAGAUGGAGAAGAAAACAAAGAGUUUAAUGAGCCAAAUAAUGAAGAAGAAAUUGCAGAUGAAAAUGAAGAAAUUCAACAGGAAAUUAAUCAUGCAGAAGAAGAAAAGAAAUCAUAUGAUGAAGAGAAUAAUAAAGAAGUCAAUGAAAAUGAAAAUAAAGAAUCGGAAGAAACAAAGAAUGAAGAAGAAGAAAAACUUGAAAUUAUUCCAAAUGAAGCAAUUCUCAAAUUAGGAAAUUUGACUGAGAAGAAAGAAGAAGAGCCAAAAGAGAUAGAAGAAGAAAGAAAAAGCUCUGACGAGAAAAUAAAUGAAGAAGAAGAAAAGAAAGAAUUAAAUGAAAACCCAGAAACUGAAAAAGAACAGAAACUUGAAGUAAUUCCCAAUGAAGCAAUUCUUAAACUUGGAAAUUUAGUUGAUAAACAUGAAGAAGAAAGGAAUGAAGAACCAAAGAAUGAUGAAGAAGAGGAAAAGAAAGAAGAAAUAAAUAAUGAAGAAGAGGAAAAGAAAAAAGAGCCAAAUAAUGAAGAGGAAGAAAAGCAAAAUCUUGAAUUAAUUCCAAAGAAUGCAAUGCUAAAAUUAGGUAGUUUAGUUGAUGCAAAUAAGGAAGAAGAAAAGAAUCAAGCUGAAGAAGAAGAAAAACCAGAUGGUGAAAUGCCUCUUUUAUCAAGAGCUCUUGGAAUUCCAGGAAAUUUGAUGAAUAAUCAAAAUGAAACAGAACAAACUCAUGAAGAAGAAUCAAAACCAUCUCUUUCUUUAUCAAAUGAAAUUACAAAUAAAAUCGAAGUUCAUGAACCAGAGGAAGAAAAAGAUAAAGAAAAUCAAAUUCCAGAGGAAGAAAAAGAAGAACCAAUUUCAUUAUCAUUGGCUCAAUCUAUUUCAGAGAAAAUCGAUCUCAAACAAGAAGAAACAAAAGAAAUUCCUGCUGAAGAAACCAAGAAAGAAGAUGAAAAUGUAGUUACACCAAAUUCCGAAGAACCAAAAACAGAAACAGAAGAAACUCCUUCUUUAUCUCUUACAAAAUCAAUUGUUGAGAAACUAGAAAUAAAACAAGAAGAAAAUAAUGAAGAAUCUCCAAAAGAAGAAGUUUCCCAAAAUAAUGAAGAAUCAAAAACAGUUGAAAAUGAAUCAGAAACACCUUCUUUAUCAUUAACAAAAUCUAUAGCAGAUAACAUUGAAACAAAACAAGAAGAAGAAAAUAAAGAAGAAACACCGGUUUUACCAUUAAUCCAAUCAAUAUCAGAGAAUAAGGAAAAUCAAGAAGAAACAGAAGCAGAAGCAGAAACACAAAACUCAGAAGAAUCUAACAACGAAAAACUUAAUGAAACACCUUCAUUAUCAUUAACUAAAUCAAUUACAGAUAAUCUUGAAUCUAAAUCAUCAGAACAAGAAAACGAAGACAAAUCACCAGAAUUAAAAUCCGAAGAAACUCCAUCUCUUUCACUCACAGCAUCUAUUUCAUCAAACAUCACAAAAGAAGGAGAACAAGAACAAUCACAAGAAGAUUCAACAAAUAAAGCAGAAGAAGAAACAAACGAAACUAAAGAAGAAACACCAUCAUUAUCACUUACACAAACAAUUUCAGAUUCUAUUGAACACAACGAAACAUCAACAUCACAACAAAAUGAAGAGAACAAAGAACCAGAAUCAAAUGUUUCUAGCACUGAACCACAAGAAAAACCUAAUGAAAGUUUAUUUGGAUCAAUAAGUGACAAGUUACUUCCACAAACAGAGAUUUCAAAUGAAAAGAAACAAGAAGGAGAAAAUCCUUUAGAAGAACAUAAAGACAAUCAAGAUACUAAUCAAGAUAAACCUAAUGAAGAAUCCGAAUCUACUAGUGAUAAGCAAUCUCCAAUAACAGAAGAAAAGAAAGAAGAAACUCCUUCUUUAUCACUAACUAAAUCAAUUGCAGAAAACAUCCAAGAAAAUAAAGAUGAAGAAAAGAUAGAAGAAACUCCAAAAGAAAAUGAAACUCCUUCUUUGUCAUUAACGAAAUUUAUUGCAGAAAACAUUGGAGAAAGAGAAGUUCCUACACAGGAAGAAAAGAAGGAUGAAGAAGAAACUCCUUCUUUAUCUUUAACUAAAUCAAUUGAAGAAAACAUUGAAUCCAAACAAGAAAAUAAAGAAUUGGAACAAAAAAAAGAUGAUGUUCCUACUUUAUCUUUAACUCCAACAAUUGAAGAAAACAUUGAAUCCAAACAAGAAAAUAAAGAAUUGGAACAAAAGAAAGAUGAUGUUCUACCUUUAACUCCAACAAUUGCAGAAAACACCCAAGAAAAUAAAGACGAAGAAAAGAAAGAAGAAACUGAAAUUCCUUCUCUAUCUUUAACUAAAUCAAUUCAAGAAAACAUUGAAGAAAACAAAGAAGAAAAUGAACCACCAAAAGAUGAAAAUUCUGAACAAGAGAAAGAAGAAACUCCAAAAGAAAAUGAAUCUCCGACUUUGUCAUUAACGAAAUCUAUUGCAGAAAAUAUUGAAGUAAGAGAACUUCCAACACAAGAAGAAAAGAAAGAUGAACUUGAAACUCCUUCUUUAUCAUUGACUAAAACAAUUGAAAAUAACAUUGAAGAAAAAACAGUUGAAGAAAAACCAGUUGAAGAAAAGAAAGAAGAAACACAAAAACAAGAGAAAGAAGGAACUCCUUCAUUAUCAUUGACUAAAUCAAUUGAACAGAAUAUCGAAGAAAAACAAGUUGAUGAAAAGAAUGAAGAUAAACAUGAAGAAAAGAAAGAUGAAGUUGAAACGCCUUCUUUAUCAUUAGCCAAAACAAUUGCAGAGAAUAUCGAAGAAAAGCCACAAGAACCUGAUAAAGAAGAAACUCCUUCUCUAUCUUUAACUAAAUCAAUUGAAAAUAACAUUGAAUCUAAACAAGGAGAUAAAGAAUUGGAACAAAAGAAAGAUGAUGUUCUACCUUUAACUCCAACAAUUGCAGAAAACAUCCAAGAAAAUAAAGACGAAGAAAAGAAUGAAGAAACUGAAAUUCCUUCUUUAUCUUUAACUAAAUCAAUUCAAGAAAACAUUGAAGAUAAAACAGAAGAAAAAGAGAGAGAAAUUUCAACAUCAAUCAAUGAUAAUUUAUUACAAACUAAAGAAGAAAGUAAUUCAUCAUUAGCAUCAAAUGAAUCAGAAACUCCUUCUUUAUCAUUAACAAAAUCUAUAGCAGAUAACAUUGAAACAAAACAAGAAGAAGAAAAUAAAGAAAUAGCAGCAAAUGAAUCUGAAGAAAAGAAAGAAGAAACACCGGUUUUACCAUUAAUCCAAUCAAUAUCAGAGAAUAAGGAAAAUCAAGAAGAAACAGAAGCAGAAGCAGAAACACAAAACUCAGAAGAAUCUAACAACGAAAAACUUAAUGAAACACCUUCAUUAUCAUUAACUAAAUCAAUUACAGAUAAUCUUGAAUCUAAAUCAUCAGAACAAGAAAACGAAGACAAAUCACCAGAAUUAAAAUCCGAAGAAACUCCAUCUCUUUCACUCACAGCAUCUAUUUCAUCAAACAUCACAAAAGAAGGAGAACAAGAACAAUCACAAGAAGAUUCAACAAAUAAAGCAGAAGAAGAAACAAACGAAACUAAAGAAGAAACACCAUCAUUAUCACUUACACAAACAAUUUCAGAUUCUAUUGAACACAACGAAACACCAUCAUCACAACAAAAUGAAGAGAACAAAGAACCAGAAUCAUUACCAUUGACAAAGUCUAUUGUAUCUAAUCUUGAUUCUGAACAAAAACCAAGUGAAGAACAAAAGGCAGAUGAAAAAUCUCUUUCCUUAUCAAAUGCUUUGAUUAACCAAGUUCAAUCAGAAAAUCCAGACCAGAAAGCAGAUGAAAUGAUUCUUGAAACAGAAAAGAAUGAAGAAAAGGCUUCUUUAUCGUUCGCAAAAGCUAUGAAUGAAGCAAUUUUAGAAGAAGAAAAGAAAGCUGAGGAAGUUCCUCUUCUUUCAAUUCAAAAUUCACUUUCAAAUCAGGAAAAUAAUCAGGAACCUGCAAAAUCUAUUGCAGAACCUUCUAUGCCUUCGUCUGGAGCAAGAAAGUCAAUUAAUUCAAGAAAGAAACUUCAUUAUUUCGAAGAUCCUCCAUCUGAUUUGGAAGAAUUAGAUAAUUAA